AUGGCUCCCCUCGCCAAAGCCGCCCUCGAAAAGGAGGACCACCAGCGCGAUGCUGCCUUCAUGAAGGCUCUCCACGGCAAGUCGACCGAGGCCGCUGGUGGUUUCGCUGCUAUGCUUUCCAAGGACAAGGACGCCAAGGAGCUUGCUGUCAACGAGUACUUCAAGCACUUUGACAACAAGAGCGCUGAGACCGAGACCGAUGCCGACAGAGAGGCGCGGACCAAGGAGUAUGCUACUCUCACAAGGCACUACUACAACCUUGCCACCGACCUGUACGAGUAUGGCUGGGGCCAGAGCUUCCACUUCUGCCGGUACUCGAUCGGCGAGUCCUUCUACCAGGCCAUUGCGCGCCACGAACACUACCUUGCCAUGAAGGUCGGCAUCCAGGCCGGCAUGAAGGUUCUUGACGUUGGCUGCGGUAUUGGUGGGCCAGCGAGAGAGAUUGCCAAGUUCACCGACGCGCACAUCACGGGUCUCAACAACAACGACUACCAGAUCCAGCGUGCCACACGGUAUGCGGCCCAGGAGGGUCUGUCGAACCAGCUCAAAUACGUCAAGGGCGACUUCAUGCAAAUGUCGUUCGCCGACGAGUCAUUCGAUGCCGUCUAUGCUAUCGAGGCCACCGUUCACGCCCCAAAGCUGGAGGGUGUUUACAGCGAAAUCUUCCGCGUGCUGAAGCCCGGCGGUGUCUUCGGCGUCUACGAGUGGUUGAUGACGGACAAUUACGACAACAACAACCUGGAGCACCGCGACAUCCGCCUCGCGAUUGAGGAGGGUAACGGCAUCUCCAACAUGGUGACCAUCUCUGAGGGUCUCGCCGCCAUGAAGGCCGCCGGCUUCGAGCUGAUGCACCACGAGGAUCUCACCAAGCGGGGUGACUCCAUCCCGUGGUAUUGGGGUAUUGCCGGCGAGACCAAGUACAUGCAGUCGUACUGGGAUCUCUUCACCGUGCUCCGCAUGACCCACACCGGCCGCCGGGCGGUGCACGUCUUCACCGGUCUCCUCGAGACCAUCGGCCUUGCUCCCAAGGGGACUAAGAAGACGGCCGACUCGCUCGCCAAGGGCGCUGACGGCCUCGUUGCCGGCGCCAAGAAGGACCUCUUCACCCCGAUGUACCUGAUGGUCGGCCGCAAACCCGCCAACUAA